GAUCAAAGCAAAACCGACCUGGAAAAAUGGCGUUUCCAAGCUCUCUGCUCAUUUCACAGAUUCUCUUCUUGUUCUUGGUCUCAUCGUCUUCACGGACAUCUGCGACUUCCACGAUUCAGCAGGCCUUAUUCCGUUGCCUUUCGACCAAUUCCAUGAAUUCUGUUCCUCUUUCCUCGUACUACACCCCGAAUAACAUCUCUUCCUUCACGUCCGUCCUUAAUUCCACGGCGAACAACCUCCGGUACUUGCUACCGACGGUGCCGAAGCCCGUCAUCAUCUUCACACCGCUGUCUGAGGCCCAUGUCCAGGCCGCUGUCCUCUGCUCGAGGUGGUUUGGGCUAGCCCUCCGCGUCCGGAGCGGGGGCCACGACUACGAGGCGGUCUCCUAUGUGUCCCAGAUCGAGUUCCCCUUUGUCGUGCUCGACCUGGCCCACCUCCGCGCCAUCCAGGUGGACAUACCCCGGGGCACGGCGUGGGCCCAGGCAGGGGCCACAGUCGGGGAGGUCUAUUACCGGAUCGCCGAGAAAAGCCCGGUCCACGGGUUCCCGAUGGGCCUGUGCACUAGCUUGGGCGUCGGCGGCCACAUCACUGGCGGAGCCUACGGGUCCAUGAUGAGGAAGUUUGGGCUUGGGGCCGACAACGUUCUCGACGUUAGGAUGGUCAACUCCCAGGGAAAGAUUGUCGACCGGAAGGCAAUGGGGGAGGAUCUGUUUUGGGCGCUUAGGGGAGGCGGUGGAGGCAGUUUCGGCAUAAUCCUGGCUUGGAAGCUGAAAUUGGUCGAUGUGCCUGAGAUUGUGACUGUGUUCACAGUCACCAAGACCCUCGAACAAGGGGCGACGAAGCUCCUGUACAAAUGGCAAAACGUAGCACCAAAGCUCGAUGAUAGACUCUUCAUCAGAGUCAUCAUCCAGGCCUCGAGUGCCAACCUGGCUGCGAACCGGACCAUGACUACCUCCUACAACGCUCUCUUCCUAGGAGACCCAGACACCCUCCUCAGGAUCAUGGGCAAGCGCUUCCCUGAGCUGGGCUUGACACGGGCCGACUGCAUCAAGACGAGCUGGAUCAAGUCGGUCCUGUACAUCGCAGGGUACCCGAGCACGACCGCCCCGGAGGUCCUCCUCCAGGGGAAGCCCCUGUUCCGAAACUACUUCAAGGCCAAGUCCGACUUCGUAAGGACCCCAAUCCCCGAGAAGGGCCUCUUGGGCCUGUGGAAGAUCUGUUUCGAGGAUGAGAUCCCGUUCAUGAUAUGGAACCCGUACGGCGGGGCAAUGGCCCGGGUCCCCGAGUCGGCCACGCCGUUCCCGCACCGGCGUGGCACGCUGUUCAAGAUCCAGUAUGUGGCCACUUGGCAGGAUGGGACCAAGAACAUGGCCAGGCACAUGGGCUGGAUCAGGAAGCUGUAUGACUACAUGGGACCUUAUGUGUCCAAGAAUCCCAGAGAGGCCUACGUGAAUUACAGGGACCUUGAUUUGGGCAUGAACAAGAAAGGUUUCAACAGCUUGAUGGAGGCGAGUUCUUGGGGUUUAAAGUAUUACAAGAGCAAUUUCUACAGGCUAGUUCAAGUCAAGACCAAGGUUGACCCUGAUAACUUCUUUAGGCACGAGCAGAGCAUUCCACCUCUUCCUGUCAAGAGAGGGAGUUAGAGAGUGUUGAUUGGUUGGUGCAAGAUUUUGCUUGGACCUCUUCCUAUUUUGAUGGCUGGUGUUUGGUUUUCUUAUUUUAUUUUAUUUCUUCUUUUUUUUUUUGUGGCUCUUUCUGAUAUUGGGUUCUUCCCCUUCAUUUGAGUUCACUGCAAUGCAGUGUGUGUUGCGAGCUUAGUCGAAGGCAAACACCAGUGUGCAUCUCUCUCUGUCCCUCUCCCUCUGGAUAUUUCCAUUUUUUUUUUCUGAGAUAAUGACAUA